GCUUUUAUGACCACUACUAUGACGACAAGUGCUACCCCUAGUAUUACUGAUCUUCCAACAUACCUCCUUUUAUUUAUUUUUAUUAUUAUAUUUAUUAAUUAUUCAUUCUCUACGCUUGGUAUUCCAUGAAGGACAUUUGACGAACACUGUGUUUUAUUUUCCAGCCUGAAGAAAGAGACAUUUAAUAUGAGCCAAGACGGACCCAACAAGGAUGUAGUUUAUUGUUCUUCAUCUUGGAGAUCAGGCUGAAGUCAUCACCAUCCUCCUCCUACCCCUCCUUCUCCGUCCACCUCCUCCUCCUCCUCCUCCUCCUCCUCCUCCUCCUCCUCCGCCACGAUGAACGCCUCUUCGUCCCCCGCCGGCAACGAGAGCACCCCGCUGUGCUACUCCAUCAACACGCCCCCCUUCAACCGAAGCAGCACGGCCUUCACCCUGUCCGCCGUGUUCAGCAGCCUGGGCCUCACCUCCAACCUCAUCGCGCUGGUGGUGCUGGCCAAGGCCUACCAGCGCACGCGCAGCCGCUCGCGCUCCUUCUUCCUCACCUUCCUGGGCGGCCUGGUGACCACCGACUUCAUGGGCCUGCUGGUCACCGGCACCAUCGUGCUCACCUACUACCUCACCGGCUUCGACUGGCGCCAGCUGGACCCCCGCUGCCACUUCUGCAACUUCUUCGGCAUGUCCAUGGUGUUCUACGGCCUGUGCCCGCUGCUCCUCGGCGCCGCCAUGGCCAUCGAGCGCUUCGUGGGCAUCAACCGGCCGUUCGCCCGGUCGGCCAGCAUGCCAGGCAGCCGGGCGGUGUCCAUGGUGCUGGUGGUGUGGACGUUCGCCGGCGGCCUGGCCCUGCUGCCGCUGGCCGGCGUGGGGAGCUACCACCUGCAGCCGCCGGGGUCCUGGUGCUUCAUCAACAUCAACUCGCGGGGCAGCGACCGGGUGUUCUCGCUGCUCUUCUCGGCGGUGGGCCUGGCGUCCAUCGCCGUGUCCUUGGUGCUGAACACGGUGAGCGUGGGCACGCUGGUGCGCGUGUGCUGCGGGCAGGACAGGGGCCAGCGGCGGCGGGACUACGAGGUGGAGAUGAUGGUGCAGCUGUUGCUCAUCAUGGUGAUCGCCACCCUGUGCUGGUGCCCCCUGCUGACGUACAUCCUAGGGUCGGCAACGACUGACCACCCAGUAGACCCAGACUUCGUUUUGUUCUACUUGCGCUUGGCCACCUGCAAUCAGAUAUUAGAUCCCUGGAUUUACAUCAUGUGUCAAGAGUCCCGAGUGAGGCGAGUGGAUUGCAUGAAAAAAAACUAAACACGAAAGUCUUCCAUCAUCACGCCAUCAUCUCCAUGUUCAGCGUCUGC